GCCCUUCGUACCGCAGUACGGUAGAGGUCAGUGUCGGAGUCGUGUGCCGUCGCUAUGUACGCCGUGAUUAUUGCACUCAUUACUAUUAUUAUCAUCAUCUUUGCGCUAUACCAAAAGAAAAAGAACGCAUUAUGUAUAUCAAGAAGAAGACUGGAUGGCAAAACCGUAAUAGUGACUGGAGGAACAGCCGGAAUGGGCCUCCACAUAGCUACAGACCUGGCCCAUAGAGGAGCGCGAGUGAUAGUCGCCUGUCCCUUUGAAGAUGAAGGCACCAACGCCAGGAAACAAAUAGUGAAAGAGACUGGCAACGAGAACGUGGUGUACAAAUACCUCGAUUUGGGAUCUUUACAAUCUGUGAGACAAUUUGCUGCAGACAUCUUGAAGACUGAAGACAGGCUGGACGUUCUACUCAACAACGCUGGAGUUGGUAUCCCUGGAGACUUCCUCACAUCAGAUGGACUGAACUUUAUAAUGCAAGUGAACUACUACGGAACAUUUCUACUGACACUACUACUUAUCCCGCUUCUGAAGAAAACUGGAAAGCCUGGUGAAGCAAGCAGAAUCAUAUUAACUGCGUCAAUGCUUCAUCGUAUUGCAAAAAUGGAAAUGGAAAACUUAAAUAAAACGAAUUAUUGGAAUAAGAUUAGAAUGUACGGCAAUAGUAAACUAUGCCUUGUGCUAUUUGGUAAAGAAUUAUCAAAGAGGUUGAAAGGGUCCAAUGUCGUGGUUAACAAUAUAGAUCCAGGUUUAGCUGGAACCAGAAUCUACAAAUCUGCAAACACAGUGCUUGGAAACAUAACGAUAUUGAUUUUGAAUUCAUGCUUCAAGACUCCUUGGGAGGGCGCACAGACUUCCUUACAUGUGGCAUUGGACGAGGAAGCUGGAAAAGUGAGUGGAGAAUACUUCAUAAAUUGUGAAAUAGGUACACCAUCCAAGCAAGCUUGUUGUGAUAAAACUGCUAAGAUGCUAUGGGAAGAAUCAGUGAGAUUAGUGAAAUUAACAGAAAAUGAAUUACAACAUUGUUUUAAGUCUUUAUAACUAUCUUACUAGGUCUUAAGUUCUUAACAAUAAAUAGUGUUUACAGUGUAACAAUAGUAAGUCAUAGUAGUAAUUAGAAUGCGCUGGUUAAUGGUCACGGCCGCUAAUCAGUUUUAAUUAUUUGUAAAUUUAUCACUCUGAUCAAAGUGCGUUUACUAUUAAAACUUGUUUGAGUCCAAAUAAACAUUGGUGUCGCAAUAC